AUGUCUUCGGUUGAUGAUGUAUGGCAAAGUGAUGAAUUGAUACCGAUCGAUAUCAAAGAAUCAUUGAUUGCACGUGUAAGUCGUUUGGAGAAUGUAUUAGAAAGCGAAAAAGAUUGGUAUCCUGGCACGAAUAAACAAAUAUUAGAUCUAGUUCAUCCAUCUUUAUUUUGUUUUGUUAAUCAAGUAACAAGAAUAAUCAAUGAUAAGGAACGUAUUGUGAAUGCAGAUAAUGCUCUUGAACAUAUUGGUGAUGAUGAUUUUUUCUGGGAUGAUUAUACUCGAUCGGAUACAUACCAAUGGUUACCAGUCGACUUUGAUAUUUCAAAAGACGUCAUUGAACAAAUAUACGAACGUUUUAUACCUCUUUUUAACAAAGCUUUGACAGAUUUAAUUCAUUUUCGAUCUAAACCACAUCGAAUCCUUUUCGAUCCUUAUCAAUCAUAUGAUGAUUCGAAUCUACCUGAUGUCGAAGAAUUUCAUAUGCCAUCACCAACAACAAAGAGUAUUGAUUUACGUGGACGAAAAUUGCAAAUGAUUGUUAAAUUAGCAAAUAUUAUAAUGACACUGGAUAAUUUCAAAUAUCCUGGUGGUGUUUGGCAUGUUGAAGGAAUGAAAAAUGAACGUAUUGUUGCUACAGGCAUUUAUUAUUAUUCUAGUUCUAAUAUCACACAAGCAGAUUUACAAUUUCGAACUUUAAUAAAAAAUCGUUGUAUUGUAUUUCCAAAUAUUUAUCAACAUCGUGUUGCACCAUUUCAAUGGAAAGAUCCAACCCAAGAGGACCAACCCAAUGUUCCACCGCAACAAACUCCUUGGUUUGUUAAUAUUAUACGAUCAAUAUCUCCAUUUAAUACACUACCAUUGGUAGUUAUGGACAAAAUAAUGGAUUAUAUUGAUUUUCCUAUGAGCAUGAAGCAAGCGAAAGACCAUCGUAAUAAAUUAAUGGAUGAAAGAAAAUAUUUUAUUUCACGAAAUAAUGAAUUCCUGUUUGAAAGAUCAUUUUCAUUAUGUGAACAUUGA